CACGCGUCAGUCAUUUAGUGAUUUGACAUUGAAAGUAACGGAGUGCUGAAGCUCUGGAGAUGCUGUGAGCAGAGCGAAAUAAUUAUGUUCCAGCCGUGUUUUUCUUCUACAACAUGAUAUUCAGUUCAUAUUUCGACCGUAGAAAGUGAACACAUGGUACGUCAUCGACAACAGUUAUAUAUCUGUCGUUUUUCUCGCAAGCUUUCUGAAUUGCACAGUUAGAUCAUCUCUCAGUGGUGCCUGUCAACCUCAUCAUCAUGGAGGGCCAGUAUGUCACCAUUCAUGGCCUCAACAUCACUCACAGCCCUCUUGGAGCACCGGCCAUGUCUAUCGACAAACUUUUUCCAGCUCUGCUGGAGUGCUUUGGCAUCAUCCUGUGUGGCUAUGUGGCGGGUCUCUGUGACAUCAUCAGCGUUGGACAGGUCAAAGGCCUGGGAAGUUUUGUGUCAUGUUUCGCUCUUCCUGCGUUGCUCUUCAAAAACAUGGUACAGCUGCAGUUUGAACAUGUCGUCUGGUCUUUUCUAUGGAGCAUUUUGAUCGCAAAAGUGUGUGUGUUCUUGCUAGUUUGUGUGCUGACGCUGUUGGUGGCAAAUCCUGAGAGCAAAUACAGUAAAGCCGGGUUGUUUGCUAUCUUUGCCACUCAGAGCAAUGACUUUGCACUGGGAUAUCCUAUAGUGGAUGCACUGUACAGGUCUUCACACCCAGAGUAUAUGCAGUAUAUAUAUUUGGUGGCUCCUGUGUCUCUGAUGCUGCUGAACCCUGUGGGCUUUGCUUUGUGUGAGAUUCAGAGAUGGAGACACACCAAUGACAGCAACUAUAGCCAACUGCAUGUUAUCUUUACAGUGAUAUUGCAGGUUUUGAAGAACCCAAUAGUCUUCAUGGUUAUUGUUGGAAUUCUCUCUCAUUUCCUGUUUGGUGGACAUGUGCCUGUUUUGCUUGGAGAGUUUGUUGAUGGACUGGCAAACUCUUUUGGAGGGGCGGCACUCUUUUAUCUGGGCCUGAACAUGGUGGGACAGAUGGGUAAACUCACACGCAGCACUGGGGUUUCCCUCAUCCUGCUGAUCACUGCCAAACUACUAGUUAUGCCAUUGUUGUGUAAGGACAUGGUGGAGCUGUUGGAUGCUGGUAACUGCUCUGUAAAUCACUCCAGCCUGUCUGAUUAUGCUUUCCUUUAUGGAGUUUUCCCUACCGCUCCUAGUGUGGCCAUAUAUGCUGUCCAGUACAACAUGGAGCUGGAGGUGGUGACCUCUGGUAUGGUCAUUAGCACGUUCCUAUCAGCGCCCAUCAUGUAUGUGUCAGCCUGGUUACUGACCAUUCCGUGGAUGGAGGCCACAUCCCUGGUGACGGAGCUGCAGGACGUGAGCUUUAACAUCAGCAUUGUCAGCCUAAUAGCCCUGGGUUGGACCCUUGCUGUCAUGCUACUGAGUAAGAGGUUUAGGAGGCUGCCGCAUAUGUUUGCCACAAAUCUGUUCUUAGCACAGCUACUAGCGUGCGUAUCAAUGAUGUUGUGGAAGAUUUUUCUGAAGCAGGGGAACACGUUUGGCCAAAUUCUCACCUUUACUCUGCUUUAUGGGUCUCUUUACAGUACCUUCAUGUGGACUGGUCUUUUGGCGUUCGCUCUUACUUUAUUGGGCAGAAAUGAAAACUUGAAAGUGAAACCUAUCUUUUUCAUCAUCUUUGGUUGGGGAGUUCCUUUUCUGAUUGUGGGUGGGCUACUCAUGGUAGGACAAAGAAUGAGUGACAACUUGAACUCUGCUUUCUUUUAUGGCAAGGGGCAGAUUGUGUGUACUGUGGUAGUUCUGGGGUGCAGCAUCAUGCUGGGUGGUCUGUCUUUGAUGGGGUUGAGCCGAGGGGCCCAGGAGGAGCAGAACUAUCAAGCCCUAGAUCAAAACUCCAUGACUGGUACAACAGAAGAUGAGAGACAACCCCAGACAGAGAACCAGCACUCAUCUGAGCUUGAGCAAACCUACAGCAGCCUCAACACAGAUGUUUAUUGUAGUGAACCCAUGCCAGAUAUGAUAGUUGGGCAUCUUAACGACACGCCAGUGCCUUCAGCAGAGAUUUUCCUGAGAGAGGCAUCAAGCUCUACACGUGUGCAGGAGGAGAGACAGAUAGCUCGACAUGUGCUCCUCUGUCUGCUGCUCAUUGUCAGCAUGCUGGCUAACCUGUCCAGCUGUCUGUGGUGGUUGUUCAGUGCUGAUCCAGGACGACUUUACCUCGAACUACAGUUCUUUUGUGCUGUAGCCAAUUAUGGACAGGGUUUUAUUUCCUUUGCAAUUUUUGGGUUAGAUGAGCAUCUUAUUAUUCUUCCAUUCAAAAAACGGCUGGCCGCUCUGUGUGGUUUUGGUGAGGACGAAAGCCUCGAGUCUGCUGCUGUUCCUGAGGAAAUACGACUGACCUGUACACAGUUUGUGAGGUACCACAAAGAUCAGUGUGUUCAGGAUAUUGUUCGCAAUAGAGGUGCUUCUUCUGAAUCUCUCAACGGACCGGUUGGUGAAUCCUUUCUUUGAUUGACAGGUAUACUCACUGGUAUAUGAGUAUGGUUUGGUAUACAGGCAGUGAGUUCAUUGGCUCCUGUGUGUGGGCGUGGCUAAAGAUAGAAAGGUGUGGCCUUGCUUUCAGGACACCGCUGCAGAAGAACAGUGUCAUACUCCAUGUGACCCAUCUGUAUGAUUUCCAACUCCCUGAGAUAUUGCUUCAAAUGUACCUCCAUUUUGUAAUGUGACACGAGCCCAAGCAAGAGCUAAUUAGACUAAAUUAUGACUGAGCUAAGAAACAAGCUGUUCUCUCAUCAGUUUUUGUUGCAUAUCUUGAAUUACUAUGCUGGCAUGCAAAGAGCACAGAACUCUCCCUUUAUCUCAUUCAACAGCCCUCAAUUUACACACACACUUGCUCUGUUCCAAAACCUAGUGUGCUUUAUGGAGGAUAGCACAACAGCCUAAGAUUCCUAAUUGUACGCCAAUUUUAAGGCAGCAUAGAAUGUAUCCUUUGUGAAAAGGCAAUUCUAGAAUACACUGAUACAAUCUUGAGUGAAAAUAAGUCCAAGAUGGUGGAUGAGACAAAUAAAAAAAAAAAACGUUAUUUUAUCCUGUAUUCAUGUGUGCUAUGUAUUUAUGGGUAUUAUUCUUAUAUAUGCUGAUGUUGAACACUGUUUAAAUCUAUUGCAAGUUGAGUCUCCUAUGCAGUACCCUAUUGGUACAGUGCAUAGAGUUGCUGUGUUUUUUAAUUAGUCGCUUAGGGGUUUCAAGAUGACACGGAUGGUGUCUUAGAAGAUUUUGGAACAGAGUAUGUGACACAUUUGUAGAACUCUGAAUGUGAACUAAUUAUUAUAAUUACAUUAAUUAUGAUGCAAUUGUUACUGAAACACUGAAAUAUGCUAUCUACACAAGUGCUGUAAAAAACUUCUGACUGGGAUUUUAAUUGAAUGCGUUGUGUUACUUGUGAGCCUUGUCUUGAUGACAAGACUAUGGCCUUGUAGCAAAGCAAUACAAGACAUGUUUACAAACCUGAAAAUGAUCCUACACAGUAAAAUUUUUAGAUCCAACUAAGCAGAAAUAUAUUACAAUCUCUGGAAUUUACAGUAGGGUCGCACCAUUUUCUACAGCAUUAUUUUAUGAACCUUAAUGUUGACUGAAGUGUGAAAAUUCCCUAAUUUUGCAUCUUUUAUCUAUGGAAUUUGUUUUGCUGGUGUUAAUCUAUAUACUAUAGGUGAUGUCAUUUAUGUUUCUAUGACUAAGUAUUUAUAUCUAGAUAUGUGAAAUGAUAUAAUAAUGCAGGAGGACAGUUACUGGUGAAAAUUUACUGUUUAUUCUUUGUUGAAGUUGAAUAAAUUGUUUAGUUUCUGUAAUACUGUUCAUACAUUAAAGUCAAAAACAGUGUCAAAA